AUGGAAACAAUUUUCUUUCACUAUAUUAUACUUUCUCAUAGCCGUUUCUUUUUCUCUUUCAAAAACUUAAAAGUUUCAUAUUACUUUUCAUGUUUCAUUACUUCGACUACUACUACUACUACUACUACUACUACUACUACUACUACUACUACUACUACUACUACUACUACUACUACUACUACUACUACUACUACUACUACUACUACUACUACUACUACUACUACUACUACUACUACUACUACUACUACUACUACUACUACUACUACUACUACUACUACUACUACUACUACUACUACUACUACUACUACUACUACUACUACUACUACUACUACUACUACUACUACUACUACUACUACUACUACUACUACUACUACUACUACUACUACUACUACUACUUAG